AUGUCGUCCUCCGUUACGAUCCCUUCUUAUGUCUCCCUACCGUUCAAGGACAUUAAGAUAACCCAUGUUCCAGAAUCCUCCCCCUCACCAACUCCAGUCUUAAUCAUUGCCUUCAAUCGGCCUACACGGCAUAACGCUGUCACUGAGAAUUUACUGGAUGAACUUGAGGCGGCUUAUGAUUUAGUGAACCGCGAUGAGCGGGUCCGUGCCAUCGUUCUCACCGGCUCAGGACAAUCCUUCUGCUCGGGAGCCGACCUCCAGGUGGGGUUCUCAAGCCUCAUGGCCCAUAAAGAAAGCGAAGAGGCCAUGGACAAGUACAGAGAUCAAGGCGGCCGCCUGGCGCUGGCGAUGACCAACUGCACAAAACCGACCAUUGUCGCUCUCAACGGCCCGGCUGCAGGCUUCGGUGCGACCAUCACCCUCCCCGCCACAAUUCGUGUCGCUUGGUCUGGCGCCAAGAUUGCCUUUCCAUUCUCUCGCCGCGGUCUCACUCUCGAGUCGUGCAGCGCAUUCUUUCUCCCGCGUCUUUUGGGCCUCGCCAAGGCGAUGCAUCUCGCAACCACAGGUUCGGCUUACGCAGCCUCCGACCCGUUGGUCAGUGGUCUAUUCUCCAGGCUCCUCCCGACGCCUCAGGAGACAGUGGCGUACGCCGUUGAGCUGGCUGCCGAUGUUGCCGACAACACAUCCCUGACAAGCACGAAACUGAUGAGGGAUAUGAUGUUGCACACGCCCAUGACGCUAGAGGAGACGCAUAGGCUGGACUCCAAGCUGUUCAUUUCCGUGCUCGGAUCCAAAGAUAACUUGGCAGGCAUUCAAGCAUUUAUGAAGAAGCAGAAACCCAAGUUUGGCGGGUCUUUUGAUGGCGAGACGGUGCCUUCUUGGCCCUGGUGGACGUCGAAGGCUGAUGAGGCCCCAAAGGCGAAGAUGUGA